UUUCUGUGUGAACCGUGGUGUCCACCGUCUGUUAUUUCUGUUUCACGCCGUCCGGACAUCGUCCAGCAUCAUAAAACUCCGCAAUCUCGACAAGUUGCUAAAAAGACUGAACUGCAGCACUGCUGUAGUAAUGGCACCAUAUUUUCAAUUACAUAGACUUUUUAUAACACCUUUCAAGUUUCGUAUUAUCCACUUGAGAACAAUGGCGUCAUUACCACAAGGUGUCAAUGUUACCCAUGGCAGCUUCGAUAAACUUUCCGAGAAAUUGAAAAGUUUUGUUGCUGAAAAGGUGAAGCUCUGUCAACCUGAUGCCCUCCAUAUUUGUGAUGGCUCUGAUGCUGAAGAAAAAAUAUUAACUGAUACUCUUGUUAAAGCUGGGAUGGCACAUAAAUUAGAAAAGAUGGAUAACUGCUUUGCUGUUCGUACUAACCCUGCUGAUGUUGCAAGAGUUGAAUCAAAAACUGUUAUCUGUACAAAAGAUAAACAUGAAAGCAUACCACAUGCAAAAGAAGGAGUACAAGGAAGAUUAGGACAAUGGGCUGAUCCUGAUGAAAUGGAGAAAAAAUUGACAAAAUUAUUUGACGGAUGUAUGAAAGGACGCACAAUGUAUCUUAUACCAUUCAGUAUGGGCCCAGUUGGCUCUCCACUUGCAAAGAUUGGUAUUGAAUUAACAGAUUCCCCUUAUGUUACAAUGUGCAUGAAAAUUAUGACUCGAAUGGGUGCAAAAGUUUUAGAAACACUUGGUGAUGGUGAUUUUGUUAAGUGUUCACAUUCUGUUGGAAAGCCCUUGCCAUGUGAACCAGAUCCAUACAAUUGGCCCUGCAAUCCAGAAAAUACAAUAAUCACACAUUUCCCAGCCAAGCGUGAAAUUGUUUCAUUUGGGUCAGGUUAUGGUGGCAACUCACUAUUGGGCAAAAAAUGUUUUGCGCUUCGUAUUGCUUCAGUUAUAGCAAGAGAUGAGGGAUGGUUAGCUGAGCACAUGUUGAUUUUAGGGUUAACCAAUCCUGAAGGUAAAAAGAAGUACAUUGCAGCUGCAUUUCCAAGUGCAUGUGGAAAAACAAACAUGGCAAUGAUCACACCCACUAUACCUGGAUGGAAAGCUGAAUGUGUUGGUGAUGACAUUGCAUGGAUGAAGUUUGAUAAAGAGGGUAACUUGAGAGCAAUUAACCCAGAAUAUGGUUUCUUUGGUGUUUGUCCAGGGACUUCAAUGGUCACAAAUCCUGAAGCAUUGUUAGCUUGUCAAAAGGACACAGUUUUUACUAAUGUUGCCACCACUGAUGAUGGUGGUUACUUUUGGGAAGGUGUGGAAGAUGAGGUCGAUCUUACUGGCAAGAAAGUUACAGAUUGGUUAGGCAAACCAUGGACCCCUGGAAGUGAAACCAAAGCAGCACAUCCAAAUUCUCGAUUUUGUGCACCAGCCAAGAAUUGUCGAGUUAUGGAUCCAUUGUGGGAAUCUCCAGAUGGCGUUCCAAUUGAGGCGAUCCUGUUCGGUGGACGACGCCCACAUGGUGUACCGCUAAUCUUUGAAUCUUUCAACUGGCAACAUGGUGUUUUUGUUGCCAGUUCCAUGUGCUCAGAAGCAACCUUUGCUGCAGAACAUAAAGGCAAUGCAGUGAUGCGCGACCCAUUUGCUAUGAGACCAUUUUUCGGUUACAAUGCUGGGCAAUACUUUCAACAUUGGUUGGAUAUGGAAAAGGACAAAACGCACAAGUUGCCAAAGAUUUACCAUGUCAACUGGUUUAGACGUGAUGAAAACGGAGGAUUUUUAUGGCCUGGAUUUGGCGAAAACUCUCGCGUUCUUGCUUGGAUUUGGGAUCGUCUUGAGGGAAAAGAUGUAGCCGAGAAAACUCCAAUUGGGUACAUCCCCAAAAAGGAUACCAUCAACAUUGAUGGUCUUGGCAACUUAGACAUGGAAGAAUUAAUGUCUGUACCGAAAGAAUACUGGAUGGAACAGCUUGACGACUUAAAGAAGUAUUACGAAGACCAAUUAGGAGAGGAUUUACCAAAACCAGUCUGGGAUGAAUUCUAUAGUCUAAGGGAAAGAUUCGAUAAAUCCUAAAAACGACACUUCCUGUAAUGUAUUUGUUUUGUUGAACUGACAGAUUAGCUGCAAUUAUGCACAAGAUUUAAUUAAAGUAUGAAUAAUAUGUAACAGUUAAUAGAAUGUAAAAAUAAUUAGAGGUAUUUCCUUUUUAAGACUUGCUGAUUUAAUA